AUGGCUAGCCAUCUCGCAAACAUUUUCGGAACCGAGCAGGACCGUGUCAACUGCUCGUUUUAUUACAAGAUUGGUGCAUGCCGACAUGGCGAUCGCUGUUCUCGAAAGCACAUUCGACCACCAUUUAGUCAAACGAUUUUGCUACCGAAUGUGUACCACAACCCGGCCAAUGACCCAAACUGCAAAUUGAGCGCAAAGGAGCUCCAAGAAGGUUUCGAUGCAGUGUAUGAGGAUUUGUACUGCGAGUUGACCAAGUUCGGACACCUCCUCGAACUGCACGUAUGCGACAACGUCGGAGACCAUCUGAUUGGCAACGUCUAUGCACGCUUCGAAUGGGAAACCGAAGCCCAAGCUGCCGUCGACAACCUAAACGAACGGUGGUACGCCGGCCGACCAUUGUACGCCGAACUCUCGCCUGUGACCGAUUUCCGCGAGGCAUGCUGUCGUCAAAACGAGAAUGGGGAAUGCAACCGUGGCGGAUUUUGCAAUUUUAUGCACCUGCGCCUUGCUAGCCCAGAGUUGAAGAAGAGCUUGGAAGUUGGGCAGAGGUUGGAGAGACGGUUGAAUCCGCCAAAGUCUGAUGGUGGUGCCGGUGGAUGGCAGCCUGGUCAGCGCAAGAGAAGGAGUGCAAGCCCGCCUUGGAGCAAGCGGUAG